CUCGCAAUAAUCAUUGUAGUCGUGCUUCACCGUUUGUAGCGGCUGGUCGGUUAUAGUUGCAUAGUUGUUUGUUUUGUGUUUUUUCCUCAUGCAUUGCCACCAACAUUGUUAAGCGCUAUUUUCGUUCAUAUGCUCGUAGACGUUCGUUAGUUAGUUCGUUCAUUCGGUUGGCUGAUGCUCGAUAGUUGGCCAUUUUUAGUUUAGCCAAGACGCAGCAGGUGCGUUAACGUGUGUGUUUUAUAAAUUCUUUCUUUCCGUUUCACUAAACAAUGUUUCCGCCUAACUGAAUUUUGAUUUAAUAAAAACUUCAUUUUACUUUUCAAGGACUUUUUUUGAAAAAAAAAACAAAAAAUUAAGAAAGGAAAAAAACAAAAAAAAAAAAAAAUAUUUUUUAUUAUUAGAUUUUUACUACAUUAAGCUUUGGUGUUAGUCUACAUCCUUUGGAUAUAUUUUUGGCGCCUUUUUCGAUUCCUGAGGUAUUUCUUCUGUAAGGAGGAGAGCGACAAAAAAUUUACAACUUGUUGGUCCGGAGUGGUAUGUUGAUAAAUUUUAGCCGCCAUGGAUCCCAGUGCUUUACAAAACAUGGAUCGGGACGCAUUAAAGAAACAAAUCGAAAAUAUGAAAUAUCAGGCCUCCAUGGAGAGAUGGCCGUUAUCUAAAAGCAUUGCAGAAAUGCGUGCUUUUGUCGAGGAGAAUGAAAAAAAUGACCCAUUGAUAAAUGCCCCAGAUAAAAAGAAUAAUCCGUGGGCCGAAAAGGGCAAAUGUGUCAUUAUGUAAUAUUAUCGUAAACCACAAAAAUACCCCAACAUAAAACAUCAACAACUACAACAGCAACAACAACAAUAUAAUAACUAUCAAUACCAAGAACAACAACAACAGCAACCACUUACUAGAUAUCCUAGUCAAAACAAUAGUAACAACAACAGCAGAAGACUCAUAGAUAAUUCUCUAUUAGAAUCAGCCGAUGAACUAGUUGAUCAUGCUACUACUACAACUAACUAUAUAUACAACUCCCUAGAUCCAAAUGACAGCAACAACCAAAAUGUCUACCAAGCCAUUGGUGAUGAUGAGGAACAACAACCAUUGCUGCAAACAGGCCAAUUAGGCCUGGCAACACAUCACCAUCAAACGGCAGCAACUUCUUCCUCCUCCUCCGCCUCCUCCCCAUUUGUUUAUCAUACCGAAGAGUUUUAUAAAAAUAAUAAUUACUACUACUACAAUUACAAUUUGAAUUAUCAUGAAAUCGAAGAAGGACCCUCAAGGACAAAUCAACUGUUCCAAAAACUGAAGAGGCGAACACAGCGAGAAUUAUUGCAAUGGCCCAUGCUGCAACAGCUUUUGCUACUGGUCAUAUGGGUGCAGGCGAAAUUUUGGCAAAUCUACUAUGACUUCAUAAUGAGAAUAAAAAAUUGAGGCAGAUGUAUGUGCCGCUGGGAGAUGCUAAGCUUGGCACAUUGCUAAAUUCAAAACUGAUGUUAAGUAUGAGACCUUUAAAGUAUAUAUUUUUUUUUUUUUUUGUUUUUUUCUCUCGAAAUUACAAAAUUCUUCUUCAUAAGCAUAAGUUUAACUCUUAAGUGUAAUUUUUAACAAUAUUAUCUACUAAUAUUAUCAGAAUAACCAGAUACUAUAACCACCACAAUAAUGAUGACAAACAUUUCUUAUUAUAUCAAAUCAAAAUUUGCAACAAAUCAAUAACAACAACAGCUACAACAACAAAAGAAACAAAUUACCAAUAAAAAUUCCACAUUAAGGAAAAUUCGGAAAAAAUACAAAAAAAAACAAACUCUUCA